AUGCCGUUGGCGCAGUUCACAUGGCUGGGUCCCCUGGUGACUGGAACGGCCCUCCUCCAGGUUCUUUCCACAGAGACCUCCCAAAUACUCGACGAGACGAGUCACCUUCAGGACCUCCAUCCAAGCGUCAACGAACUCGAAGUCCCUCUCCUCGUGGUCGCCGACCUCCACUUCCUCCACAGUCAAAUUACGGCAAGCACAGUGAAGGACGGGACCGAAGUCCUCCAUUCAAGAAACGCGGUGAACGUGGUGGGCGGUUCCAGGGCCGUGGUGGUCCCAGGCGAAGAUCUCCUCGACGAGGCCGAGAUCGUCGUGGGAAAGACCGUCACCGUCCUGAUAUUCCUCGCCCAGGAACAUCCAGAUCACCAAUCCAUGAUCGGGGAUUUCAUCCUUCACCUGGCCGACGAUCUAGAUCGUUAA